GUGGACUGAACAGAGAAAUAGGGGAAGAGUGGAGAAAGCUGACUGUGAGCAAGGAGAAUAUUGGUGUGUAUGUGUAAAUAUUCAAUCAGUGCCUUUAUCUUGAUAUCUGGAAAGGUAUACAAAGUAGCAACUUAAAUUAUGGAAGGUGAAAUGAUGAAUGCAACUGUAUCCACCAACCAUUUGGAGUUCUCUGGUAAAAUGAAGGAACGCCGGAAUUGCUUUAUGAAAAAGACAAAAUAUAAUGCAUCUUUGAUUUCUAAGAUUAAGACCAAAAUUCUCAACAACUCCUCAAUGAUGAAGAUUUCACUUAAAAAUAACAAUAAAGCUUUGGCAUUAGCUCUUGCUGAAGAGAAGAAAAAGUAUAGAUUGUCUGAACAGGAAAAAGUAAUUCUUCAAAAAGAAAUAUGCACUCAAAAUUAUGACAUAGUUAUGCUUCAGCAAAGGUUGACUACACAGAAUGCAAAACUUUCAACCUUAGAAGAAUUUUUGAUGAAGAUAAAAAGCUGCUUCUCUGAUGCUACUGAUUACCUGUCAACUGCCAUCAGUACCUGUGAACGUGAUGAACAUCAGUGGAAUGGUAUGUUAUUCCAAAAAAGUAACCGUGUGAGUGAAGAUUCCAACUGCAACUUAAAUGCUAAGUUACCAUCUGAGGUUCCGCAUGAAUUUGGAAUUGAAGGAGGAUGCAAAACUAAUCCCAGCCGGGAUGACACAAUUGAUCCCUUGAAACAAGUAGCAAUUCCAGUAGAGGAUUCAGUAUCUUCAGCUAGUGAACCAACAUGUCAAGCUUUUACUGAGAAACAUUUUCAUGGAAAUUCAAUCAAUGAACCACAUGUCAGAAAGCAAAUUGAAUUUGGGCAACAUCGUCCAGGUAGUGUUUCAAACCAUGCCUGGCUUCAUCGGAAUUCUGAAAUAUCUUCACCAAAUAGCUUCAAUGUUCCACAAACAUUAUUUACUGAACAAAUGCCUGGCACUCAGCAGAAUGAAACUAUAAUUGCAUGUCAAAAUGUUACCUUAAGAAAGAAAGAUUCAAGUUCCCGAGGUUCUAAAAUAUCUCUGGAAUUACUGGAGAAAAAACGUACUUCCUUGGCAAGAGAAUCUUGUUCAAGAAAUUCUAAACUCAGUGAUACCCCUGAUUUUGACAGAAUAAGUUUGGGUGGACCACAAGUUGAAACUUCUCCACUGCUACACAUCUCUCAUCCUGAUCCACUGAAGUGCGGCACGGAUCUGAUCACUGAAGAACAGUCACUUGAGCAGCAGAAACCUGAAGUGACUGUCUUUGAUGCAGAGAUGGAUCUAACUACAAGUGAAGCAGUAGAAAUUGUUACUGUUGGAACAAAAUCCACAAAGGGCAAAAUGAAAGAAACUGAAAGAGAUAAUAAGGAAGUUGAAACAACCUCAAAGAAUGUGGCAACCCUGCGAAAAGUAAAACAGACAAAGGGAAAGUAUUCCAACGACAUUCAAAGGAAUUGCAAUAUUGAUUCUCAUCUGUUUGAAGAGAGACAAAGAAAAUGUUCUGAAUUUUCUGUCUUUGACCAAACCUUUAUGAAUAAUAAUGAGCCCAAUGUUAGCAUUCCAAGCAGUGGACUGAAUAAUUGGCUAGGGCAUAAAGAGGACAUUCAUCCAAAUCCACAGAAGGAGAGUAGCCAAGUUGAAAGUGCUUCAAAAAAUAACACAAACAAUAUGAUGAAAGGAACAUUUGAGAAAAAGACAUUCAGAAUUCAUGACAGCAUUAAGGAAAGCUCAUGUAAUUUAUUUGCAUCGAAGGCUAUUGAAAUUUACAAUAAACCAGAGAGGAAAGAAUGUCUAAAUAAUGAGGAAGAGAGCAAAGGAAUUUCAGAUACUUUGCAGGAACAGUUUAGUAAUGUAAAAGGAAAGAUUAGACGAGGAACAUUUACUGUGUCAAAGACGUAUAACAAUAUUGAAGAAAGUGCAUCUAAUCCAGUUACACAGCAAACAGUAGAGCACAAGGUUGAAAUGGCUAAACAUCUAGGAUUAGAAGAUUACCGGAAUUUAAAUUACAAGAGCACUAGCCGAAGGACAUUUGUGGUGACAGAAGGGCUCAACAAAAUUGAAGGCAACUCCCCUAAACCAAUAGUACCAAAAAAAUUUAGAAAGCAGAGUGUAGUGGUAACAAAAGAAUAUUCAGAUAGUUCGUGCACCCCUCUUGCAAACAUUUAUGCUGCAGAAAAGAAUACUGGCACUAAAGGAAAGGCUGACCGAAGGACAUUUGUGGUCACAGAAAAGCAUAAUGGCAGCUCUCUUCCAAAUUAUCAUGCUGCAGAAGAAAAUACUGGCACUAAAGGAAAGGCUGACCGAAGGACAUUUGUGGUCACAGAAAAGCACAAUGGCAUGAAAGAUAUUUCACUUAAACCAGUUGUACAGGAGAGACUUACAAAACAGUGUGUAAUGGUAAAAAGUAAAUAUUCAGAUAGCUUGGAAGAGGGCUGCAGGAGUUGCCAUGCUACACGAGAAAAUACUGACACUAAAGGUAAGGCUGACCAAAGGAUAUUUGUGGUCACAGAAAAGCACAACAGCGUUGAAAGUAUUUCACUUAAACCAAUUGUGCAGGAGAAACUUACAAAACAGAGUGUAAUGGUAACAAAGGAAUCUGUAGAUAGUUUGGAGGAGGGUUGCAAGACCUGUAAUGCUUCAGAAACAAAUAUUGGUGAUAAAAGCAAAGUUAACCAAAGGACACUUGUACGUGACCAACACCAGACCAUUAAAGAAUGUUCAACUAAUUCAGUGAUAUGGCAUGAUGGCAAAGAGCGAAAUGAAAUGGAGGUGGCUGAGUGUUUAGGGAACUUAAAAGUUAGCAAUAUGAAUAAUAAUAACCAAAAGAUAGUUGCAGUACCUAAAAAGGACAAAAAAGCAUCCAAACGAGAGAAAUUUAGAAAUGGUCCUGAAAUGAUCGGUGAGUGUCUGGAUAAUAUGGAAGAAGCCAACAAGACAUGUAAUGCCUUAGGAGAAAACAUAGGAAAAAAGCGCAAAACUGACAAGGCUGCGGUGCCUAAGAAAGGAAAGAAAUUUAAACAAAAUUUCUCUAACCUAAUUAAAAAGGAGAAAGAUGAUGAACAGUAUACAAUAGCUGACCAUUUUCCUUGCACAAAACGGAACAUUGAAACAUCUGUCGUGCCACAAGAUUAUGUAAAAGGAAUAGAUUAUCAAAGGACCUUUGUGGCAAACAAAAUACUAGAAAACAUUGAAAGUCCACAAAAUCUAAUUGUGGAAAAUCGAAGUGAAAAGCCGUAUCAAAUGGAUGUAAAUCAGCACUUGAAUAGAAACAGAAAAAUCUGCCAUCAAAAUGCAGAUAUUUCUUCAGAAAACCAUAGCAAUGUGAAGAAUAGAUUAGAUGAAACAAUUGUAGUUUGCAAAAAUUUUGAAGACCCAACUUGCUCAAUACAGGUAGCGAGAAAAACUUUACACUGUGAAGUCAAGAAGGAACAUGUAGAGUGUGAGCAGAACACCCACAAAAUUUUAAAUCCUAUUUGCAUAACUACUUCAAAAGAGGAAAGCAUACAUGCUGAGAAAAUCUCUGUCAGGAGUUCCAGUGAAUUUGUCACAUGGCUAUCUGGACGGGAUGAUAUUGCUGUGGGUGUACUAACUGCAGAGUGCCCAAGAGUUCAAGAGAAAAAAGAAUGGGAUGUUCUGAAGGAUGUAACAAAUGUAACCCAGAACAAACUUGAUUAUCAGUUGCAACUCACUGAAGAAAACAAAGGUCUUUUCAGUUUGCGCAGCAAACGUCAAACUGUUGCAAUGUUAAAUUACAAAGAACCAUCAAUAGGCAGAAAACUACGUCGAGGGGAUCAGUUUACAGACUCCAGGUUUCUGUGCUCACCUGUAUAUAAAAAUAAGAAGAAAAGACAAAGACGCAGUGUUCAAAAUGUACAAUAAUGAGCAUAUAGGGGGAAAAAAAACUUUACAGAAUUCAAUUUCUGACAAAUUUCAGAUUGAAGAGUAAUAUUUGCGCUACCUCCAUUUUUAAAAUUUCUGAAAUUCUCAUGGCUUCUAAAUGCAGCAUGUAUAGCAGUGUAUACCUUGUGUAAUGUUGUUAUUGCUCAUGUUUAUUAUCUAACUUGGCAGAGGAGAGCGUUCUUGUUCCAAGGAAAUACAUAAAACCAUUUAAGAUUGUGUGUCUAACUUUGAACCUUAGAGGUGCAUCAUGACUUUGCUUUACUUUAAGCUGUCUGUCAAACUGCAUUGCCAUUUUCAUGGUAAAAAUACUUAAAACCAGUGUAAAAAUACUAAUAUGAAAAUUACCAGUUAAUGUACAAUUGUACCAUAAAGUUCACGUACCUAAGUUGGUUUAUACUAAUUAUGUGCAUCUGAUCAGAAUCUCGGUCAAGAUGGCUUUUUGAUCUAUGUAGUAACUUGGGAGCAAAGCAUGCUCAAUGGCAGGCCAACUGUCACCAAGAACAUCUGGUGUGGUGGUACAAGCAUUAGUACUGUAGGCAGUAAAUAUUUAUGUAGAGGCAGGCAGCCUUUCACUUCUGUCAUGGCCCAGAUUAUUUUGAGAGCCUGGAGGGGCAUGACUGCUGCUUCCAGAUUCUGCAUAAGACUUAUCAUUUAAGCUGCUAUUCAGUUGGACUGAAUGGUGGCACUGGGCACAAGCUCCAGCUAACUUUAUCCCUUAAUUGCCAUCUAGAUGCUGAGAAUGCAGUAGUAUCCAUUUGCAUAUUAACAAGGCCUUCUUCCUAGUUCUGGCUGCCUUGCAGAGACGCAGGGAAUGUUAUGGCUAUCAUUUAAGACAACAAAAAUGGGAGAUAAUCAGCCCCCACUGUUUUCUAUUUCCUUUUGUGCAGGAAGUCUUCAUCUCUUGUUGUAUUGAUUUAAAAAAUUUUGAAACAGGACAAAGCACAUAACCAAAAAUUGCUGCAAUACCUCUGCAAAGUUGUGACUUAACAUGCAAUAAGUUUUAGGUUUUGUACACUUUGAAAAUAAAUGGAAUUUUUUUUUCCCCCCAAUGUGUUUGCAAAAUUAGCAGUUCAUUUAACAUUUUUAUGUGAUCUUCACUCAGUUUAUAUGAUUAACAAUUCAUUGUCAAGAAUUAUUUAUAAGUGUACUUUUUUAAAUUGCAUUUUUCUGCCUUGUGAAGUAAUAGCUAACUGAAUAAACUGUUAUUGUAUUUUCUUGAAGAAAUAUACAGCCAUAUGUCCAUAAGAUCUAUGUUAACUCCAGCAAUGUACAAGAAACUAGAACCUAAAAUAAGUUUUUUGUAUUUACAAGUUUUAUUGUUGUAAUUGAAAAUCUUAUUGCCUAAUUUUCUGUACACUAACUGAAUGAAGAGUGAAAUAAUUUGUAGAGACACAUGAUUGGUAGACUAAAUAGUAAUAUCUUAAUUUGUAAUUUUCUGUUGUGCUGUCAAAAAAUAACAAAGAUGCUAGUUUGGUCAAUGGCUCUCACAUCCUUGGAAGGACUGCUGUAAAAAAAAUCUUUUUUUUUGAAAAAAGAAUCUUGCAUGGCAGAAGGUGGUGCCAGCAGGUGUGCACAUGUACUAUCCCAGCUCCAGAAAAGUUUAGUCUGUGAUCCAUAUGGGAAUAUCCAAAAUACUCUACUUUUGAGGCAAGAAUAUGAAGUCUUUUAAAAAAGCUUUCUUGAUUUAUUGAAAUUCAGUUAAUUGGCAGGUGGGGGGGAUAAAAACAAGAUACUGACAGGUGCUAUAAAAUCUUAAAAAUCAGCUAAUUUGCUUCUAAAGUUCAAACUUGAAUCAGUACAGAGAAUAACCGUAUAAUCAAUUUAUAAGUUCUCCUGUUCAAAACCACUUAAAUCAAAUAUUUAAUAAAUUUGGUUCUACCAAAGCUUCUGAAAUUUGUUUGUAACUUCUCAAAAUUUGCAAAUUUCAGCAGAAACUAAAUGUUUGGGGAGAGAAAAGGCCUCAUUUAGCUGAAUAAACAGUACUAGUUCUUCUUGAAACAUUGAAAAAUUUUCAGAUCCUUAUACAAUACUUUCUGCUCUCAGCCAAGUGUAAUAGGUAUGAGCAAACAGUGUAAUGUCUAAUUUGGAAGAGGUUAAGCCUUGAAUUUAAAAGUUAAAGCCUAAAAGUAUAAAAAGACAAUUCAGCUGAAAAUGAAAUGUAUUUGUUUAAAAAUGAGUCAUAUCUCAGAUGCUUAAACUUAUUUUCAAAAACAUUGGUCCAUAAAUUAGAAUUUGGAUUCAAAAAUCUGAUUCCAAGCUGGAUCACCAAGAAAUACACUAACCUUUUGAUUACUUCAGCCUUGGAAUUUCCUGAACAGGAGCCUCUUCUUACUAACCAACACCAAUUCAAGAAAACAUUGCAACCAACAGCAAAGGAAAUCUUUUUUUCAACAGAGUAGGAAUAAUGGGUAGUGUCAUAAGUGAACUGUGCCAAUGAUAGGGAGUCAAGCAGAUGUCGUUGUCCAGUACUGGGCCCAGAGGCUGAGGAGUGGCAAAACCACAGAUAUCGGACUGGUAGAAAUUGCACGUAGGUACAUAUCCACUACAUGCCAGAAUUUGAUUUCUGUCUGGCAGGUGUUUUUGGGAACAUGCAGCUUACGUCGUGUGCUAUUUUCAAACUGGAGGGUGGGAGUUAAGGCUGUGCAGAGGGUUUUUAAUAUUUAUGGUAUUUUAGAUCUAAUUUGUUCUUUUAGAUUGCAUUUCUUGAUUAAAAUUCAAUGUUCUUGCCCUUCCUUUCAGUUAAGUGUGUAUUCAACAUUUUCUGGAAUA